GCUGGCUCCCAGCACCUGCCACUGGUCGGGGACACUCUUGGGAGGAACGAAAAGCCAGAGUUGUUCCCCAGGGCCAGUCCACCGAGACUAAAGUCGUAAGCCUGACGAGAGCUUCAGAAGUAAUCUCCAAAUUGGGGGCCAAACUCAGAGACUGUACCUGUGAUGCGAGAGCUAACCAGCAGAUCAAAGAAACCACCAAAUCUCUUCUGAACACCAACAGUGGAAUGGCUUCAGGCAGCCUUUUGAUCUUGGUCUCAGCACCCUUAGUGCUGCAUGAAGCACCGCCCACUUGCUGGCACUGAGGGAGCUGCCUCUGGGUCCUCCUAACAGACUGCUGCACCCUUAGCUCCUGGGGCUAAGCUCAUUCUGGUACCAGCCAGAGAGUCCAAAAUGACCACCCUGCCCCCACUGCCCAUGACACGCCCAAAGCUUACCUCCUUAGCUAGACAGAAGCUGCCAUGCUCCCCUACAACAACUGCAAGGUCUCAAUUGAUCAAAGAAAAAGAUGACAUAGAUCAUUAUCUGGAGGUGAAUUUCAAAGGAUUGUCAAAAGAGGAGGUUGCUGCUUACCGGAACUCGUACAAGAAGAGCAUCUGUGUGGACAUGCUGCGAGAUGGUUAUCAUAAGUCCUUUACUGAGCUCUUCUCUCUGAUGGAGAAGUGGGAUGCCCUGAGGGAGGCUGCGAGAGUUAGGUCCCUCUUGUGGUUGCAGAGACCCCUGGAGGAGCAGCCUGACAAGCUGGAUCACUUCUACCACUACCUGACCAGGGCGGAGGCGGCUGAAAGGAAAAAAUACUUUGAAGAUGUCUAUAAUAACUUGUAUGCUCUGGCCUGUUACUUCAAUAAUUCGGAAGACAAGUGGGUAAGGAACCACUUCUAUGAACGAUGUUUUGAGAUUGCUCAGCUGAUCAAAACAGACGGUGGGAAGAAAGAAGCCGAGGCACAUGCGCACAUGGGACUUCUCUUUGAGGAAGAAGGUCAGCUGCUGGCAGCUGCAGAGCGUUAUGAAGCCUUCCAUCAGUUGACGCAAGGGCGGAUAUGGAAGGAUGAGACAGGCCGCUUUCUCAACUUGUUGGCCUGCGAGAGUCUCCUGAGGACUUAUAGAUUACUCUCAGACAAAAUGCUGGAAGAUAAAGAAUACAAACAGGCCAUCAGAAUUCUAAUAAAAGCUUCUGAAAUAGCCAAAGAAGGAAAUGACAAGAAGAUGGAAAGAGAAGCUUACUAUUACUUGGGCCUAGCACACUUGGCUGCUGGAGAGUAUGAAACAGCAUUAACAGUCCUUAACUCUUACAGUAAAAUCUCUACAGACCUGGAUGAUGAUCUCAGCCUGGGGAGAGCCUAUGAAGCAAUCGCCAAGGUCCUGCAGAGCCAAGGAGAGAUGACAGAAGCAAUUAAGUACUUGGAAAAAGUUGUGAAAAUUGCAAGAAACAAUUUUCAAAGCCUAGAUGUUGUGAGAGCAAGUACAAUGCUUGGGGACAUCUACAAUAAAAAAGGAUACUACAACAAAGCUUCUGAAUACUUCCAGCAAGCUUUUGACACAACAGCAGAGCUCACAAACAUGCCCCUGAUGGAUGAGACCAAAGUUCAUUACGGAAUAGCGAGAGCUCAUCAGAUGAUGCAGUCGGUGAAGAAUUAUAUAGAGUGUGCAGAUCUCACCAGCCUUGACUACCUGCUGUCAUGGAAGGAGAGUAGAAGCAACAUUGCCCCUGAUCCAAUCAUUGGCGAGUCUAGAAGAUCCACAAUGGAAAAUUUAUCUCAAAACUCAGAGCAUUUGGAAGAAGAACUAAGUGGAUUUCCAGGUGAUCAAAAAAAAUGAGACUUAAACCAGCUUUUGACUCAGCAACAAAGCAAGAAGAAAUUUAUCAUGUCACCUCAGUCUUUGAUGCCUGUAAUAGGAGUAUGUUACAAAUAAUACAGAUAGAGUUAAAAUAAAACUAUGACUGUGUUUUCAUUGGAUUCUGUAUUCCAAUGUACUACUACAAAUUUAGUCUAAAACAUCUAAAUCCAUGAAAAUAAAAUAUACCCCAAAUGCUUGAAAUAUGAAAAUUAUCCAUAAAAGAAACUAUAAAAUUUUUCCUCUUAUCCACUAUUCCACAAGAAACAGUGCUAUCAUAGAAUCAAAAUUUAGUUGUGUCUAAUAAGAAAAUAAUUAUAAGCUUAAGGAAAUCUAUGCUGAAUUAAUGUGGAAAAAUAUUUACUAAAAUUCCAGGGAAGCUUUUCAACAUAAAUAAAAGGAUUAUAAGCAAUAAGGACUCUCAUAUUGGUAAGUACUGUUCAAAACUUUGCUUACCUGUGUAAAGGAAAACUCGGUUUCCUCUAUUCAUACCACUUCUGACACCA